AUUUUGUUAGAAGUUCGAUACGAGGCAGAAGUGUUAAUUUGGCCUCUGCAGUACACCCAGCUGGUUACAACUACACGCAAGCGAUUCCAGUUGACAGUAGUUUAGGAGAAGUGACUGUGUCAGUAUCUGGAGCUAAGCCCACUAUUAAAGUGGUGAACCCCAGCGGACACGAAGUCGUGGGGCCACCACAGCUUGUCACCACAUUGGACCUAUCUGAGAUUAUGAUAGUUAAAGUAUUAGAACCGGAACCUGGCAAUUGGACUAUAACAGUAGGGAGUGAAAAAGAUUAUUCCGUCAAAGUGUCCGGUCUAUCAAAUAUCACAUUUGAUCACGGGUUCUCUGUUGAGAAAACUAACUCUAUGGAAGAAGCUAGCUAUCGACCUUUGCAAGGAACUUAUAACCACAUGUUAAUUUCUAUAUCAGAAGUGCCGGUUCAAAUUGACUUCGCUGAAAUAUUAACAACAGAUGGAAAGACGCUUUUCGAAGUUCCCGUCAAACAAAAAGACGAUAUGUUCUUAGCUGACGCCUUUAUACCGCCUGAUGAUUUCUUUUAUAUCGCUAUAAAUGGGCGAGAUCAAAAUGGACAAAAAUUUCGGAGAGUUGGCCCAACAGCCGUGCAAGCUAAACCACCAGAUGUUCCUUAUCUAACUGCGCCUAAACAGAUAGAAGCCCGGUCGCACGAUCGUGUAGUCCUCAAAUGCAAUGUGGAAAGUCUUGUUCCUGUAACUGUUCAAUGGACCAGAGAUUCGCCGAGGAUGCAAAGGAAGACUUCAAGUCUACAGAGCACUUCAAUAGAAUACGUGAUAGAAGACAUGAGCGAAGCCCAUGUUGGUACUUACAGGUGUUCUGCAAGCAACGCUGCGGGACAAAGCAAGACUAGCACGCAACUCUCCUUACUAGUGGAACCGCCCCAAGUGUCAGUAUUGCCAGUGAACGCAACACUAUCUGCUGGUGAAGACCUGACUAUCUCCUGUGCGGUCUUCAGUGAAGCCGUACUUCUUAAGAGUCAGAUUAUAUUUAACAAUGGCAAAACUGUUAAUGUGACUAAUAUUAAGGUUGGUCGGAAUAUUGAUGGCUUUUAUUCCUAUAAUAAGACGAUUUCCAACGUCACUGAAAAACAUCGCGGCAAAUACACCUGUCUAGCUGCUAACAGAGGAGGUUCAAUAAAUCAAUCAACAUACAUAAUUAUAGAGAGCGAACCAACAGCUAAGAUAUUAGGACACCAUAAUGUCGCCGGACAAAUUAAUACCAAUCUAAAAUUACUAUGUCAAGUGGAGAAUGCUAAUUUGGCACAAUGGAUGUCACCAAAUGGCACGGUGGCAAAAGAAGUGGUAAUUAAUGGCACUUAUAAUAUUACUCUAGAUGUGACACUCACUGAGGAGGGUUACUGGACUUGUAUUGGUUUACGAAAUUCACAUAGAGCUUCAGAUAUAGUACAAGUAAAUAUUGAGAUAAAGCCUGAAGUGAAUAUCGAAGAUAGAAACAUAACAGUAGUUGUAGGCAGCAUGCAGCAAUUAGUGUGUACUGUGCGAGCUAAACCGCCGCCUACAGUUGUAUGGAGGAGAGGGACUGAAGAGUUUAAUAAUACGGUAGUGCAAGUGAAAGAGACAGUAUAUAGGAGCGUGGUGAUGUUAGACAGUGGCAGAUAUAAUGUCAACGGGACCUACUUCUGUAUAGCAGAGAACUCAGUCGGGAAAGCGCAGGAUACUGUCACAGUAAAUGUACGCAAGAAUAUGCGAAUAUUGGAAAACUUUACAGACCAACAAGUAGAAUUAUAUUCACAAAUAGACCUACACUGCAAUGUGGACACCCAUCCUCCGGCAACUAUAACAUGGCAACACAACAACACAGACAUACAGACAGACGACAACAUUGAUAUAUCUGAAGAUGGAACCACGCUAUAUAUACAGAAAAUUGAUUUUAAUGAUCUCGGACUUUAUACUUGUUUAAUGGAUAAUGGAUAUGAAAGGAUACAAAUUAAUGGGUCGUUACAAGUUGUUGGAUUGGAAAGUCCUGUUUUAUCUAAAGAACCUUCCAGUAUAAGAGCGCGCAGAGGCGACACCGCAUUUAUAACAUGUAGACUAUUAAAGGGCAACCCAGAACCGAAGAUAACAUGGCAAUACAAAAUUAACGGAACAGAUGAAUUUAAAAAUCUUAGAAACAACACCAAAGUGAAUGAAGAAGGUUUUAUUGUGACCAUAAACAAUGUGAGUUUACAAGACGAAGGUUUUUAUCAAUGUUUAGCAGAAAAUCCUAUUGGAAAAGAUAUUUAUCAAGUUUUUCUAAAUAUACUAUAUCCACCAGAAUUAAAAACUUUACGAAAAUCGGAAGAAAAUAAUUUAGAAAUCAAAUCUGGUGACAAAGUUUUGUUGAAUUGUAACGUUGUUGGUAAUCCUCCGCCUUUCGUAGUUUGGACUAAAGAUGGAAAAACUUUAUCUUACUCUAAGAAUGUCUACUUAACUAAUACAAACGAGUUAGUUAUAUCAAAUGUGACAGUGUACCAUUCCGGUACUUACAACUGUAACGCUUCCAGUACUUUGGGCUCUCUCACUAACAACUAUACAUUGCAAGUUUAUUUGUCGCCUUCAAUAACUACACAUAGUCAAGACCAAGUUAUACAAGUGCUGGAAGGUCAGCUGGUGGAGCUGCCGUGUGCUGUGUCAGGCUCCCCCACUCCAGCUGUCACUUGGUCACAUAAUGAUGUAAAUGUCAAUGAACACAGGAAAUAUAUAGAUGAAUAUGGAAUGAGGUUUGUUGCGAAUUUGACAGACUUUGGUGAAUAUUCUUGCAUUGCGACAAACGCAUAUGGAUAUGCGAUGUUAAAUUACACAGUUUAUGUAUGGGUGGCGCCAUUUUUGGAGCCUCCAUUAUUGGAGACAAAGAAUGUUUUAUUAGGCUCCAAUGUAACGCUACAAUGCAGUGCUAUUGGCUUCCCAGUUCCUAUUAUCUUGUGGCAAUUUAACAAUACAUUACUGGCUGAAAAUACAACGGAUUUAAGUUUCAAUGAGAUCGGACAAAUGAACAUAACAAAUGUGAAUUACAAACACGAGGGAUAUUACGAAUGUGUUGCUGAGAACUUAGCGGGCUUCGCUGCAAAGACGAUUAUUCUCAAUAUAAAUGAACCACCAAAAAUAAUGGACGACAACUACACCGGGCCGUAUGUCGCUACAGUACUGGAUACAUUUCUUGCCCUCGCCUGCAAAGCUACAGGCAAACCUACACCUUAUGUCGUAUGGAUUAAAGACGGUUAUUAUUUAGAUAAAGAUUCCCGUUACGAUAUCGACAUGGAGGGUACGUUGACCAUUAAGUCACCUUCAGAAGACCUCAGUGGAGACUACACAUGUCUCGCUAAGAAUAUCCUCGGCUCCGCCACACGGACUGUGCCCGUACAAAUAUACGCUGUCCCUAGUGUGAUGGUGUCUGAAGAGUCUCAGUCUGUCAUGCACGUGGUGGAAGGCAGCAAUGCCACCAUCGAAUGCCCCCUGCGUCGUGGACUUAAUGACACCAUCAAAUGGUAUAAGGACGCAUUAUUAAUAUCAAAUACGUCAUUACACUUGACGCCGGUGAGACGUGCGCACGACGCGAGGUACGCGUGCGUAGUGAGCAACAUGGCGGGGGGCGCGCACGCGACACUCAUUUUGGACGUACAAUGGCCGCCGCACACCAACACAUAUACACAGCUGCUUGAGGUUUCUGCAGGAAAUAAUAUUGAAUUGAAUUGUGAUGUUGAUGCUAAACCUACAGCUAAGACGAAAUGGUUGUUCAAUUCCAAGUUAUUACUAGGAGAGGACAAGAGUCAUUUGAAGCUGACAAAUAUCCAACUCAGACAGACCGGAGUGUACAAAUGUGUAGCCGCCAAUGAACACGGGACAGUCGUAAAAGAAUUCACUGUAGACGUCUUAGUUCCACCUUUUAUAUCUGACUUCGAUGUGUUGGAUGUUCAACUGAAGGAAGGUACGAAUGCUAGUCUCGAAUGUAACGCAAGGGGAUCUCCGAAACCUGACAUAAAAUGGACGUUCAACAACACAUCAUGGUUAAUUAAAAAUUCAACAAUAAUAAAUACAAAUAUUACGACAAAGUCGGAAGGUACAUAUAAAUGCGAGGCGAGGAACAAAGCGGGUGUCACAUAUCUCGUAUACAGAGUUAAUGUCGUUAAAAUAGCUAAAAUUGAAGAUAUUAUAGUAUUUAAUGAUGCUAUCGGUACUAACGUCAUAGAUAUAUUGGAAGUUGUUGUAGAUUCUCGUAUCCGUAUAGCGUGCAAAGGUACAGGCAAGCCGACACCUUACAUACAGUGGAUAAGACAUGGUAACACUCUCGCUAACAACACACCAAAUAUUAACUACGCAGAUUUCAUUAUACAUAAAGUGGCAACAUCGGAUGCUGGCUUGUACGUCUGUGUGGCGUCCAAUGAAGGUGGAGUUGACGAGAGGAAAAUUAAAUUGGAUGUUUUGGAGCCACCAAAAAUAUUCCAAAAUUUAUUCCAAGAGACAUCUUCAACAAAUAUAAUAAAUUUAGAAGUGUUAUCAGGGCAAGCUUUUUAUAUGCAUUGUCAUCCGUAUGGGAACCCAUUGCCUGAGAUAUAUUGGUUUAAAGACAAUAUACCAUUGAAAUUGUUUGAUAAUACAAUGAUAUAUACAGAUUAUAGUGAAAUUAUUCAAUCCCCUAACGCAUUGUAUGAACAGUCAGGCAAUUAUACUUGUGUUGCUAAAAAUAAAGUUGGAGUAACUAGUCUUAUUUAUUUGGUUGAUGUUUUAGUACCACCACCACAACCGAAGGAAAGUACAAAAGAAGUGAGAACAAGAAUUGGUAAAGCAUUAAACCUAACUUGUCCUGCAGAGGGCGCUCCCAGACCAUAUGUCACAUGGAUCAAACAUCCGUACUCAGAGAUCACUCAAUUCACACCCAGAGUGCAUCUCACUGAAGAUAAUGUCACUUUAAUAAUAAAUGUUACAUUAGUAGCCGACAGUGGAAUAUAUUCCUGUAUCAUGACUAACAAAGUUGGAGCUAUCGAAGUCAAUUUUAACGUGAUUAUAGUAAAGCCGUCAUCCAUCGUCGGCAAUGUGGGCAAUGACACAAUGGAGAACCACGUGGUGUCAUUGCGACGCAGCAUUGUACUCAAAUGUGAUGUGGACGGACAUCCACCGCCUAAGAUUACUUGGUUAAAGGAUAUCCAGCGAGUGAGCGAGGAGGUGCACAUCCAGCGCGUGUUGGGCAGCAGCCUGCUGGCUGUGUGGAGUGCGGCAGUACGUGAUGCUGGUCAGUACAUCUGCGUGGCGGAGAACAGCGCCGGCAUCGCCUCGCGCCGGUACAACCUCGCGGUUAAAGUGCCUGGUAAAUGGAGUGCAUGGUCACAAUGGAGCUACUGCAAUGUGACCUGCGGUUUAGGUUAUCAGAAACGAUCUAGAUUUUGUCACUACAUAGACGAUAAUAAUAAUACUAUUGACAAAACUUCCAUGUCAGAUAAAAUAAUACUAGACGAGAGCGCGUGUAAAGGAUCGACAAUUGACAGAAGGAAAUGUCGCAUGCCAUCUUGCGAAGAGGAGGAGUCAGGCUGGUCGAGCUGGUCGCGCUGGGGCGCGUGCUCAGCGACGUGCGGCGCGGGCACGCAGGCGCGGGCACGUCGCUGUCGUGCGCAUGCGCAAUACCAAUGUACCGGCGACAACGUACAGAUAAGAAAAUGUCCGAACUUACCAAAAUGCAGUUCCCAAUCGAGAUACAAUACAAAUGAAGUUUACAGCAGCCAAGAAACUAAUGAAACUGAUAUGUCUUCGUAUUUACCCGAAACUGUUAUAGAGAUGCAACCAGAUGACAUUGACUUUAGAAGAUCUUUGGAUACUGAGGAAAUUUAUGUACCAACUGGUAAAAAAGGUCAAAUGUACUUUGACGUGAAUGUGACAGAGAAUUUGGACCGCAGCGAGCGCGGACCUUGCAAUGCUGGCUUUACUUAUAUCGCCGAUGACGAUACCUGCCAAGAUGUGGACGAAUGCACUAUCGAGAGCAACCAAUGUCACGCCACUCAGUUGUGUACCAACACAGCGGGAGGAUACCGCUGCAGCUGUCCCGCGGGGUAUGUCGCACUAGCCGCAGGACUGCGCUGUCUAGAUAUCAACGAGUGCGAGCAGGAGGUGCACGGGUGCGAGUUUGCGUGCGUGAACGUGGCGGGCGGCUACGUGUGCGCCUGCCCCAGACAUCUGCGGCUGCAUGUCGACAGGCACCAUUGUGUGCUUCCUCCACUUUAUCAGAAACCGCUUUCUUUUAACGAGAAUUCUGUUUCCGAUGAUUUUUUAAACUCAGACGUCGACUUCCCAGCAAGCUAUACUAAAUAUAAUAGAUAUUAA